UCAGGAUUAAUAUUUGUUACUCAAAAUAUGGCCAUAUUGGCAAAAGGGACGCUGCUAGAAAAAUUUUAACGGAACGUUUGACAAGUCAAGUUAUACAAAACGAGUAGUAAGCGCUGGCAUUUUUUCUUAUUUGUUUAGUUUUGUGUCAAAUAAUAAUAAAAUAAAUAAUUGUGAACGCUAACAUUUAAAGAAAAGGUCUUCUUAAAAAUGGGUCGUAAAAGAAAAAUACCCAUUGCAGAUGAAGAAAAAGAAAAUACAGUUGCCGCAAGCCGUCAGCGGGGUGGUGGUGUUAGCGCUACAGCCAGCAAUUCAAUGAUGUUGCACGGCCCCAUGUAUACAAUAAUGUCCAAUGUGCAAUUAAAUGAAACUAGCCACAAAAAAUAUGUAAAAGAAUUGAAACAACUGUACACCAAGAUGGAUCAUGAUGCAUUCAUGUUUACAUUCAUAAAAAUGAUAAAAACUGCAAUGGUUGCUGAUGAGGGUAAUGAGUAUGCAGAUACGACAUUACUAUUUUGUUCUAAAUUUGUAAGUUCAUAUGACGGCGAGGACACACAUCCCGUGCUAAUUGAUAUGUGCAAGUGGCUACUUACGACCAUUUCGCGUAAUCCACACAUACGAUUUCGUAUUUGUCAAUUUGUUAAUAUGAUACUCAAGGCGCUGGGACAAGAGGCAGCGCUAGAUGAUGCCAUAUGCGAUCGCAUAUUGGAAUAUAUGUUGCAUCGUUUGCACGAUACUUCGCCGAAUGUGCGCGUGCAAGCAAUAUUAGCAAUGCAACGUUUGCAAGUGCCAGACAAUCCAGACGAUCCCGUGCUGCGUGCUUAUCAGUUUCAUCUUUGUUCUGAUCCGUCGUCACGUGUGCGUCAAGCGGUAAUAACUUGUAUGGGACGCAAUUAUCAUACAAUUCCUUAUAUAUUGGAGCGUUUGUGGGAUAUUGACGAAAAAGUUCGUCGCCAUACAUAUUUACAUAUGAGUAGUUACCCAGUGCGUUCAUAUAAGGUGUCACAGCGUUUGACCUUACUACAGCAGGGACUUAAUGAUCGUUCGGAUGCCGUACGCAAAGUAGUAGUCACAAUUAUGUUACAGCAAUGGAUUGAAUCUUAUCAAAAAGAUCUGAUUGCAUUCAUAUCGGCGUUAAAAUUAGAUUCGAGCGAAAGCGAAAUCGAUCGAUUUCGUAAAGUGACGAAGCAAACGCUUAAG